CUAACGUCUGCUAGUUACAAAAAGCCACGCUUUGAAUAAUGCGCUCAUGUGAGAGGGAAUGGACCACAGUGAAUGCUGUCCAAAACAUCGAAUAGUUUCCCUAGCCUGAUUUGCAUUAUUUAAGAGGGGAAUGAACGCCGACAUGGACCCGACUAACAUAAUGGACAUGUUUGAAACGGGCAAAGUCCUCAAAAUAUGCGCACCGAUGGUCCGUUACUCGAAGUUGGCAUUCAGAUCCCUAGUGCGGAAAUAUGGCUGUGAUAUAUGCUUCACUCCGAUGAUCGUUGCGGCCGACUUCAUGCGAUCUGUCAAAGCUAGAGACAGUGAGUUUACAACUAGCCCAGGGGACCGCCCCCUGGUCAUGCAGUUUGCAGCCAGUGAUGCCCAGACUCUGGCUGAUGCAGCUUGCGUGGUCGCCCCGUACACCGAUGGAGUGGAUCUGAACUGCGGCUGCCCUCAGAGGUGGGCAAUGGCAGAAGGAUAUGGGGCCUGCUUGAUCAACAAGCCUGAGCUGGUCAGAGAUAUGGUGCGCCAUGUCCGAAAUCAAGUGGACAAUCCUAACUACUCGGUUUCCAUCAAAAUAAGAAUCCACAAGGACCUCAGGCGGACAGUGGACCUGUGUCAGAAGGCAGAGGCGGCCGGAGUGUCCUGGAUCACUGUCCACGGCCGGACAGCAGAGGAGCGCCACCAGCCGGUCCACUACGACGCCAUUAAGACCAUCAAGGACAGCGUCUCCAUCCCGGUUAUCGCCAAUGGCGACAUCAAAAACCUCAGAGACGUGGAGUCCACCCAUCAGCUGACUGGAGUUGAGGACCCGCGCCUGAAGAUGACCCUGCAAUGGACAGCCGUGGCACUCUUCCUCUAUGUGGAGAUCGCAGUAAUUCUCAUCCUCAGUCUACCCUUCAUAUCACCACUGAGAUGGCAAAGAAUCUUCAAGUUUAGCAUAUGGGACAGACUUGCACCAUUCUGGAAUAAAGUCUUCCUGACAAUGAUAAUAAUUCUCAUUGUCCUUUUCCUUGACGCUGUGAGGGAAGUGAGGAAGUACUCGGGAGCGGAACCCUCCAAAGAGGCCAAGCUGCACCCCAACAUGUUUGAUCACCUGCACAUGAAGCUGUUCCGUGCCCAGAGGAACCUCUACAUCUCUGGAUUCUCCCUCUUCCUCUGGCUUGUCAUGAGGCGUGUGGUCACCCUGAUAAACCAGCUGGCGACGUCCAUUGGGACGGGGUCAGCCCUGCAGACGCAGGUAGAGAGUGUCAACCAGGCGGCCAAGAAGUACAUGGAGGACAACGAUCACCUGAAACGGGCCCUGGAGAUGGAGAGGGUAGAGAAGAGGAGUGCUGAAGGGAAGGAGGUGCUCAGGAGGGAGGUUCAGAAGCUGAAGGUGGAGCUGGAGACUGCAGAGAAUGCUCUGAAGAAGUCUCGCGCUGAAGUGGAAGCUAUGAGGAGACAGUCACAGGGCCUAACUCAGGAAUAUGACCGGCUGCUAAAGGAGCACCAGCAACUACAGAAUCAGCAACAAGGCCCUGGAGAUAAGAAAGACCAGUAGGAGAGAAAGUGGUCUGAAGUUCCAGGUUUACACACUGAACACAGAGAGCAUCACACUGCUACCUGUCCGUCCUUACACUGAAGAGCUCCGAAAGUCCCAGGCAGGUCACCUGCCCCAGCCCCCAAUAGCAUAUACCCAGAAUAAUAAGGGAAACUAUAUAUGUAUAUUUAAAUUAACUUUUGUUCCUUUAAGACAGGUUACUCAUCACUGAAUGAAUACAGAUGUUCAUGAACACAGUAGAAUAUA